ACUGCAUGAACAGCCGCCGCUCCGGCGGGCUGCUCGCUUCGUUUCGGGGGCGUCCUUGGCCCUCCACGCCCGGCAGUGCCUGCCUCCGCCUUUCGCAACCUCCUCGGUCCUACACGAUCCCGAGCGGGCCAGCGGGUGGGCAGGCUGGCCCGAGCUGCGGCGGGCGGGUACGGCUGGAGUGUACCUAGGCUGGUCGGCGGGACGCAGUGCACGCUGCUUGGCGCCGCAGGCUGAUCCCGCCUCGCCCCCGGGAGCAGUGAUGUUGGGCAGCUCCGCGCCCGGGCCUGCGGCCCGCGAGGCAGGCUCGGCGCUGUUAACAUUGCAGCAGACGGCGCUCCAGGAGGACCAGGAGAACCAGGAGAACAUCAACCCCGAGAAGGCGGCACCCACCCAGCAGCCCCGGACCCGCGCUGGGCUGGCGGUACUGAAGGCCGGGAACUCGCGGGGACCAGCGCCGCAGCAGAGGCCUAAGACGCGACGGGUUGCACCUCUUAAGGAUCUUCCUGUAAAUGAUGAGCAUGUCACCGUUCCUGCCUGGAAAGCAAACAGCCAGCAGCCUGCGUUUACCAUUCACGUGGAUGCAGCAGAGGAAGAGGCUCAGAAGAGGCCAGCUGAAUCUAAAAAACCAGAAGGUGAAGAUGUCUUGGCUUUUAACUCAGCUGUUACUUUACCAGGACCAAGAAAACCACUGGUCCCUCUUGAUUACCCAAUGGAUGGUAGUUUUGAGUCACCACAUACUAUGGAUAUGUCAAUUGUAUUGGAAGAUGAAAAGCCAGUGAGUGUUAAUGAAGUACCAGACUACCAUGAGGACAUUCACACAUACCUUAGGGAAAUGGAGGUUAAAUGUAAGCCUAAAGUGGGUUACAUGAAGAAACAGCCAGACAUUACUAACAGUAUGAGGGCUAUCCUCGUGGACUGGUUAGUUGAAGUAGGAGAAGAAUAUAAACUACAGAAUGAGACCCUGCAUUUGGCUGUGAACUACAUUGAUAGGUUUCUUUCAUCAAUGUCUGUGUUGAGAGGAAAACUUCAGCUUGUGGGCACUGCUGCUAUGCUGUUAGCCUCAAAGUUUGAAGAAAUAUACCCCCCAGAAGUAGCAGAAUUUGUAUACAUUACAGAUGACACUUAUACCAAGAAACAAGUUCUGAGAAUGGAGCACCUAGUUUUGAAAGUCCUUGCUUUUGACUUAGCUGCACCAACAAUAAAUCAGUUUCUUACCCAGUACUUUCUGCACCAGCAGUCUGCAAACUGCAAAGUUGAAAGUUUAGCAAUGUUUUUGGGAGAGUUAAGUUUGAUAGAUGCUGACCCAUAUCUAAAGUAUUUGCCAUCAGUUAUCGCCGCAGCGGCCUUCCAUUUAGCACUCUACACUGUCACGGGACAAAGCUGGCCUGAAUCAUUAGUACAAAAGACUGGAUAUACGCUGGAAACUCUAAAGCCUUGUCUCAUGGACCUUCACCAGACCUACCUCAGAGCUCCACGGCAUGCACAACAGUCAAUAAGAGAAAAGUACAAAAACUCAAAGUAUCAUGGUGUUUCUCUCCUCAACCCACCAGAGACACUAAAUGUGUAACAGUGAAAGACUGCCUUUGUUUUCUAGGAUGUAAAUCACUCAAAGUAUAUGGUGUACAGAUUUUAUCUUAGGUUUUAAUUUUACAAUCAUUUCUGAAUACAGAAGUUAUGGUCAAGUACAAAUUAUGGUAUCUAUUACUUUUUAAAUGGUUUUAAUUUGUAUAUCUUUUGUACAUGUAACUAUCUUAGAUAUUUGGCUAAUUUUAAGUGGUUUUUGUUAAAGUAUUAAUGAUGCCAGCUGUCAGGAUAAUAAGAAAUAAAUUGAUUUGGAAAA